CGCUCAGCAGUCCGCGGCUCCGGCGUCGCCGCCGCCGCCUCAGCGGGGCCUGCGCCGGCCGGCCGGCCACCCGCCGGGAGGGAGGCUCGGAGCGCAGGGAGAGCGGCCCAGCUACGGGGGCCGCCGCCGCCGCAGCUGCCAGGACUGAAUUGCAACUGCUGAAGCAACAAGUGAACCUUUAAAGAUGCAUACAGGGCUGCAUAAAGUGAAGAGAGAAACUGGAGAAACCAAUGAAGUAAAGAAAAAGUAUGUUUCCCAGGUUUAAUAGGGAAAACUUGCUUUCUGCAAACAACUGAAAAAGCUGCCCUUGGAAACUUUCUUUGGCCCUCAUGGCGCAGCUGGAACUUGUACAGUGAGGCCCUUGAUGGGACAAGCUCUCAGUCACUGAGCCCUCAGAGUGGCUGUCGCCAUGGCCAGCAAGAGGAAGUCCACCACCCCGUGCAUGAUCCCCGUGAAGACGGUGGUGCUGCAGGAUCCCGGGGGUGCGGAGGCCCCGGCCGCCGAGCCUUCGCCUGAAGGACCCCAGCAGGAUCUGCCCGCAGACGCACCUGCCCCGAGCGGCGAGGCCGCCCAGAACCCCGGCAGCACCGACGGCGCCGCGCUGGCCAACGGGCACCGGGCCACUCUGGAUGGCUAUUCGUAUUCCUGUAAAUACUGCGAUUUCAGGUCCCAGGACAUGACCCGGUUUGUGGGACACAUGAACUCCGAGCACACAGACUUUAAUAAAGACCCGUCUUUUGUCUGCACUGAGUGCAGUUUUCCGGCAAAAACUCCUGAGGGGCUUUCUCUGCACAAUGCCAAGUGUCACUCGGGGGAAGCCAGCUUUGUGUGGAAUGUGGCCAAGCCAGACAAUCAUGUCGUCGUGGAGCAGAACGUCCCCGAGAGCACCGGCGCUCCUGAUCUACUGUGCGAGCCCAGCGCCGAAGGGACCGACGGGCAGGCCGAAAUCAUCAUCACCAAAACUCCAAUCAUGAAGAUAAUGAAAGGCAAAGCUGAAGCCAAAAAAAUUCAUAUGCUCAAGGAAAACGUCCCCAGUCAGCCCGUCGGUGAGGCCGUACCAACCCCCUCGGCUGGCGAGACGGAGGUGAAAGAGGGCGGCCACCCUUUUGUCAACGGGGCGGUCCCGCUCAGCCAGGCAUCAGCCACCUCCGCCAAGGCCCCGCAGGCGGCCAACGGGCCUCUGAUCGGGACGGUGCCGGUGCUGCCGGCCGGGAUCGCGCAGUUCCUGCCGCUGCAGCCGCCGCCGCACGUGCGCGCCCAGCACCACGCCCACCCGCCGCCGCCCAGCUCCAAGUCCCUCCCCAAAGUGAUGAUCCCGCUGAGCAGCAUUCCCACCUACAACGCGGCCAUGGACUCCAACAGCUUCCUGAAGAACUCUUUCCACAAGUUCCCCUACCCAACCAAAGCCGAGCUCUGCUAUUUGACGGUGGUCACCAAGUAUCCGGAGGAACAGCUCAAGAUCUGGUUCACAGCCCAAAGGCUCAAACAGGGGAUCAGCUGGUCCCCGGAGGAGAUCGAGGACGCCCGGAAGAAGAUGUUCAAUACAGUCAUUCAGUCUGUACCUCAGCCCACAAUCACCGUGCUGAAUACUCCGCUGGUUGCCAACGCGGGCAAUGUCCAGCAUCUCAUCCAGGCCGCCCUCCCGGGUCAUGUUGUGGGGCAGCCAGAGGGCACGGCGGGGGGCCUGCUGGUCACUCAGCCACUGAUGGCCAACGGGCUGCAGGCGCCAAGCUCAUCCCUCCCCCUAGCGGUGACGUCGGUCCCCAAGCAGCCGGCCGUGGCGCCCAUCAACACCGUGUGUUCCAACACGACGUCCGCGGUGAAGGUGGUGAACGCGGCGCAGUCGCUGCUCACGGCCUGCCCCAGCAUCACCUCGCAAGCCUUCCUGGACGCCAGCAUCUACAAAAAUAAGAAGUCUCACGAGCAGCUGUCAGCUCUGAAAGGAAGCUUCUGUCGGAACCAGUUCCCGGGACAGAGCGAAGUGGAGCAUCUGACCAAAGUGACGGGCCUCAGCACCAGGGAGGUGCGGAAGUGGUUCAGUGACCGCAGGUACCACUGCCGGAACCUGAAGGGCUCCCGCGCCAUGAUGCCCGGAGACCCCGGCUCCAUCCUCAUCGACUCCGGGCCGGACGCGCCCUUCUCCCCAGCACCCAAGGCCCCUGAGGUGACCUGCGUCCCGCCGGCAGCCACUCUGGCCGCCCACCCUUCUGCCAAACGACAGUCCUGGCACCAGAUCCCUGACUUCACACCAACCAAAUACAGGGAGCGGGCCCCCGAGCAGCUCCGAGCCCUGGAGAGCAGUUUUGCACAAAACCCCCUUCCCCUUGACGAGGAACUGGACCGCCUGAGGACUGAAACCAAAAUGACCCGAAGAGAGAUUGACAGCUGGUUUUCUGAGAGAAGGAAAAAAGUGAAUGCAGAAGAGACCACGAAGGCUGAUGGGAUGAGCUCUCUGGAGGAAGGGGAGGCUGUGGAGGACGAGGGUGGGGCAGACGAUUCGUUGGGUGACCUGAGGGUCCCUGGGGAGAAUGGCUCCCCGGAAGUGCCCAGCAGCUACACGUUAGCCGAGCGCAAAGUCAGCCCCAUCAAAAUCAACCUCAAGAACCUGCGGGUCACUGAAGCCAACGGCAAAAGUGAGCUGCCAGGGCUGGGCCCCUGUGAGCCUGAAGACGAUGGGCCAAGCAAGCUGGCCGAGCAGCCCCCUGGCAAGGUGAGCUGCAAGAAGACAGCACAGCAGCGGCACCUACUUCGCCAGCUCUUUGUGCAGACGCAGUGGCCCAGCGCCCAGGACUACGACUCCAUCGUGGCCCAGACGGGUCUGCCGCGACCGGAGGUGGUGCGCUGGUUCGGAGACAGCAGGUACGCCCUGAAGAACGGCCAGCUCAGGUGGUACGAAGACUACAAGCGGGGCAACUUCCCACCAGGGCUGCUGGUUGUCGCCCCUGGCAGCCGGGAGCUGCUGCAGGACUAUUGCGUGACACACAAGACGCUGUGCGAGGAGGACCUGCAGAGCCUCUGCGACAAGACCCAGAUGAGCUCCCAGCAGGUCAAGCAGUGGUUUGCGGAGAAAGUGGGCGAGGAGACCCGGGCUGUGGCAGACACAGGCGGCGAGGACCAGGGCCCUGGAGACCCUGCAGCAGUUCACAGAGGGCUGGGUGACACCUAUUCGGAGGUGUCGGAAAACAGUGAGUCCUGGGAGCCCAGUGCCCCUGAGGCCAGCUCAGAGCCCUGUGACACACCGAGUCCCCAAGCUGGACGUCAGCUAGAAACAGACUGAAUUUGAACCAAUGACUGUGAAGGAGUGGCCAGUCUGGGAUGCCGUCUGCCACGUGGAAGGGUCCCACCUACUCUCUGCUGCCACAUGCCGUUCCCAGCCUGGCCGCUGGGAGCGCACAAGAGCUUCUGGAAGCCUCACAGAUACCCCAGAGCCCUCCAUCACCUUCGGCCUGCCACCACCGAGCAAGCAGGGAGAGCGAGUUCUCGUCAGUUCUUCCUCCCACAAUGUAGGACCUUUCCUUUGCCUUCCAGUGGAUAAAGUAGUUCAGAUUUCAUAUUCAUAGACACGGAAUCAAAGUUUUAACAUAUAAAUCCGCCUAUACACAUUUAAUAAAGCAUCGUAUUAUAAACACUUUUAUUACAUAGAAGCUUUGGUUAGCAAAGCAGUACAUUGUCUUUUACAUCAUCUCUGAAAAUGCCCUGUGUCUGUUCUCUGGAGAUCGCUGGGGCCUCAUGUCCCCUCACCGUCCAGGGUCAGGCAGGGGUUAUGGGCAGACUCAGACUCCAUCUGGAGCCCCUGUGCCCGCUUGGUUCCUCAAGGAAGGCUGUACCUUUGAAGAGAUUCCCGCUACGCUCACUAAGCGGUGACCAGCAGUUUCCUGCCGGGCUUGCCUCGCCUGUUGGGAUGAUGGAUGCAGAGCCCACUGUUACCCGCAUUUAAAAUUCGGGCUGGUUCAGUGAUUAGCAUGUGAUGCUCACCGCUCCCUGAAGUGGUUGCAGGAAUUCUGCUUUUUCACGGAAGUUUGAAUCAUGGACCAUAACUUUUCAGUUAUCAGAUCAACUGAAGAAACAUUUGUUGUCAAGCCUAAUGUACUGACCUAGGUGCCCGCAUUUUUAAAAAACCUAGGCGUGUUUAGAGCGAGAGGAAAAUUGAAAACAGAAACGGGUGGGGCUGAAAGAAUGCACAGCCACAGCGUGGGGGUGUUCUGAGCCCUUCACCCUGUCUCCAGAGCCGCCUGUGUUUUAGGAAGGAAGACCCACACUUGUUUGGAAGUGCGAGUGACCACUGAUGGGAUUCAGGACUUCUUAGAAUGAGCUGAGCUGGGUGAUCUUCGGCACAAAGACCUGCGUGUAGGGCUUCCUGGCAGAACACCCAGAGGGCUCCUGGCACCCUCGCCAAGGGCCCGGCUGGCAUGCUGGGCACUCGCCCCAGGGCUGCUGGCCACUACUGGACAGGUCCUUGUGAGGAUUUAUAUUUUGACGGUUCAGUAUUUAUAUCCACAAACUUGGAAACAAGUUCUCUGUCUCCUUUAGCCUAACCCUCAUAUCCAUUUUUUUCAAUUGAGAAAGAUCACAGGAAAAGGUGCCUUUGCAACAUUGGGAAACUUGCUUCCAAAGCUGUACUAAAUGGUAAAUCCCUACUUCCCCUAGACUGGCUGCUCUGAGAGUGGCAGGGGGAUGGUAGGGUGGGCAAAAGCAGCAUCACAUGCAGCUCUGCUCCGCUCCAGGAAACCGCCUGCUUCCCAAAGCAUCAAGGCCUUGGGGACUUGGCCCUCCUGGGCCCAGGCUGGGUGGGCAGCACUAGGAAACUCCAGAGGGAGGGCAGGGGCUUUGGGCAAGAAAACUAGCGGUGGGUCAGCCGCAGUCCUUCUCCCCGCCCCACCAGGGAACUGGACUGGGUGGGCCCCUCUUGGGCUUGCCUGUGAGGACGAAGACGCUGGUAGCACCUUCUGCUGCCAGGAGAGCGUUCACCUGGAAACCAGAAGCCCUCGAACCAUCGUCGUCUUCAGAAGUGUCUUCUCCGGCCCUCUCUGUCUUAAUAGGGACCACCUCUUAUGUGUUUCAAACAGGUGACUUGUGAGUACUUGGCAAGUUUUGCAGCCUGUUUUUGUAUCCUUUCCAUUUUGGGUGUAAAGCCCAAAGGCCUCUCUGCGGAAUCGCCAAAAAUGGCGAGUUACUGUCUUCCUUCAGAGAACAGACACCUGGAAUUUUCCCUGUAGUGUUUAUGUACAUGCAGAUUAAUUUAUAUGUACACAUAUACAGUACAGAUAUCCAUUUGAUACUUUGCUCAUGAAAUGGACAUCUGACAUGUACUCUUGAGGACAUCAGUGGCUGGCACGUGGGUUUUGGGGAAAGUAGCCUGUGUUGGAGGGAAUGCUGGUAUGUGGGGUGCACUGGGCGGCCCAACACGAAGCCACCUCCAAGUAUUGGGGAGACACCCUCCCGGCAUCACCCCCAGGGCACUGCACGCACUGGCCGAAGGGGUGUGUCUUCAGAGAGGGUUUUCUUGGUUAUUUGUAUUCACAUUUCAUUUACAACCCAAACAGCAAGACAGAAAAAUCACAUGGUGGACAAGUUCAUGUAGGACAUAGACAGCGAUCCACCCUCGGCACCAGCUCGUCGUUAAAAGCUGGAAAAGUUGGCCGGUUUUCCUCACAGAUGUUGUCCUCCCCACCAGCCAGGGCCAUGCAAACAAAUGGUGAGACUGCCCAGGUAAGGAGGCCAGCAAGUAGCCAGACCCUUCCCUUGCCUGUGCUCUGGGACAGGAGUGAAUAAGUGGGUGUGGGCCUCAUGCUUGGAAAGAAUAAGAUGAUCAAAGGCGACGGUGGGAGAGAUGGUGGGGUCAUCGAGCAGGUGCCUAACUGGGCGUUGCAGCAGGUACCCAGGGCUUUGAUGUGGGUGCGAAACCGUGAACACAGCGAACCGGGCACAGAGGGAAAACCCACACAGGCCCGGAAAUCGGGACUGCACCAGCCGUGCCGUGGGCCUGUGGGACAGCAGCCGCCAGCCCCGUGGCCCUGUCACAAGGCGGCUCCUGGCCAGGCUGGAUUCUGUGAUGUCUGUGAUGUCGCCUACAGUGGAAGGCAGUGUGGGCUGCCGAGUAGAGGGGUGGGGCGGGGCUGCUCUGUCCCGCAGAAAAAGCCUAUUUUGUAAGGUGACUGAUCGUUCCCCGCUCCCGGCAUGCUCCUGGACUCAUCAGAGACAGUACCGUAUUUCGGUGUUUCUCAUUGCUUAGGGCUUAUCCAUGUUGGGUUUAUUGUUUUUUUACAUGGGAUUGUAGAUCCAGUUUUAGUAGGUGAAACCAGAUCACCAUUCUAAUACAGGAAUUCUGGAUUUAUGAUACAUAUACUUCGCAUAUUUUGAUUACUUGUUUUAUUUCUUGAUUCUUGAGGAGCUUUUUGAUUUGGGAGGAGGUCCUCAUUUCUGGGAGUUGCAGGUUCCUGAAAUAGAAUGCCCGAGUGGGAUGACUGCCGGCGCUUUGGGCUUUGGCAGAUCCUGGGGGUUCGGGCUCCUUGCUUGGCCGAGUGACUGGCAGCUGUUCAGGUGGACCAAAGCGCUUCGACUCGAGGCCCCCACACCCCACUCUCCAGAAGCAAAAGGUGGGAGCUGGGCAGAGUGUCGGGUGGUACCUUGUAGGCUCCCAGGUGUAGGGAUGGCUUUGUCCCAGCUGGCCGUGGGGGCUGUCCCUCCAGGAAGUUUCAUUGUGUUCUCCAGGCUGAGAUGUGGCUCUUGUGGGUUUUAUCCCGCUCAGUCAGUGGUCCAGUGACAGAUCCUGUGUCACCUCCUUCUGGCCUCUGACUUGGGGACACCUGGCAGGCUGCUUGUCAUGCAGGGCGCUCACGUUUCUAUGCACACUGUCUCCCAUGGCAUCCUGCUUGUGCUGCCCUGUGUGGGACCCUGUUGCCUCGUACCUCCCUGUUCUCUUCUCGGACCAAAAUGUUGGGAUUAGAGCAGCUUUGUCAGUUCAGACAUCACAGCCCAAGUGGAUAAAGAACUUUGCAGAAGAGAACCAGCCAAGAAGAAAAUCUUAAAACCAAUCCUGUAGUUUGGGCUUUUCCUUAUGUUUUUCCUCCCCUUUUUCCUUGCUCCAAGUUUACCUGAGGCAGGUUAUCUGUUUGACUCACCUUUUCUAUGAAGUUUAAAUUUUCACGAAUCCCAUUGAUUUGCAAGGCUCAGUUGUAUGCUCGCUCGAGAAGAAAAAGCAUCAAGACAUGUAAAGGUCCACACAGCCAGCUCUUCCGGGCCACAGCCAAGCGGCCUGCCUGGGUCAGGACAGUAAUGGGGCUCAGUUCUCCUCACUCCAGACGGGAGCCCCUCCCUCUGCAGAGUCUCCUGAAUCAGCUUCCUUCGCCGUCUUUCCCUAGGAGCACAGGCCCUCCCAGCCUUCCUGCCCAGAACUAGGCAGCAUCUCCAUGUGGCUUGGGGAGCACCUGCCCUCAGAAAAGCUCCAGUACCUGAGAAAGGAGGGUAUGGAGCCCAAGCCUCUCCUGCAUAAUCCCCUCCCCGAGCGAGGCUUCCAUCUGGGUACCCACCAUGCUGUUUUCUCUGGCCUGUUUAUAGCUGAGGAGGCCAUGAAGUGGUGGGGUUUGCUUUGGGCUCAGGAGGUGGAAGCGGCUCUCACAGGCGCUGCGUGGCUCACUGUCCAGCCCAAUGCUAAGCCCAAUGGAACUGACAGGUCUCGGUUCGAAUUCAUUUCUGCUGGAAUCUGACUGUGCUCCCAGGGUCGGGUCGCAGUGGGAAGAGGGUAGGGGGACGAGCCCCGUUUUCCUGUAGGUGACCCGGUGUCCGUAAGUAGCUGUGAGGACCACAGAGGGUCUGCUUGUUGGUUCUUCAGUUCUGAGCUCAUUGUCAAGACUGGCCGUUCUGUGACCUGCCUGCAAAGCUGGCCUCUCCUUUGAAUGGGGCUAGUCCUUCACCAGACUGGGGACAUGACAGCCUGGACCCAACAGGAACCAGGCGUUCUACUUGCUCCAAAACCUGGACCAGGGGCGUAGACCCCAAGUCUGGGACGGACUAGGCAGGCCCUGGUUACCAUACAGACGAGGACGGGCUGCCUUGAUUUUGAAAAAUUCAGGUCAUUUGGUUUUCAGGACUGCAAGGAUUCAUGAACAUAUAGUUACUGCUUUGCUGUCACCAGCCCUCAGGCAUUGUCACCAGCCCCCAGGCUUUCGCAGGCCACAGGACCUGGCCCUUCCUGCUGAUCAGGCCUGAGCCGUCGUCGCCCAGCGGAGCGAGGGGCUAGCAGUGAGCAGGGCUGUCGGGGUGGGGGCAGGCUGUCUUCUCUUCUGGCUGUGUAGUGUCUUGCUGGCCCCUCGGGGCAGGUGGCAAGCCAGGGUUCCUGAGAGGAGUCCGAGUGUUUACCUGAAACAUGCCGUUAGUGCCUCUUCCUUCCGGAGAAGGGCUCUGUGGUGAGCAUGUGUGCACACAGGAGCACUGGAGUGUGUUAAUGAAUAGCUCUUCUUGGCUAAUGCUUUAUAACUUCUGUUCCCUUCCAUGAUAAAUGGAGCGUUUAAAAGUACUCAGUGUGACUGGAGCUGAAGGUGAAAUGUCUAGGAUGAGAAAGGCUGUUCAGAGUCACUGAAUAUAAAAAGGUACAAGUGCUUGGUCUUUCCCCAAGAGUCAAACCUCAGCGUAGACACACUGUUAGGGGCCGAAUCUACCCAUGUGGUGCCUGUUAGUCCUGUAAUUUGUGUUUAAAGAGAUUGUCACUCAUGCUUGGCUCCUGCCCAUACAGCUGUCUUAUUCGUGCAGUUUGCUGGAAAUGUGGGCGGGGCCCCAGGUUGAGCGACCGGAGAGGGGACAGCCAGCACCGCCCCCGCAGCCCAGCAGGGAUCCAGCAUGGUAAUGGGCCUCAGUGAAACUGGGCCAGUGCCAGGGCAGGGAGAAGUGGGCACUCCUGUGCGGAGGAGUUCCCACCAGGCUUCUGUGGAGCCGCUUUGUUCAGCUGUGUCAGGAGGGCCAGACUGUGCCAUAAUUGUUAUCAAAAGGGAAAACAUGCCAAGCUCCCCUCUGCCCUGCCGGCCAUUGUCCAUUGACAGUUUACUGAGCAGUCUUUGUGGGAGUUGCCAGAAGCUGCAGAUUCCUUCCUGCCGGUCCUGAUUCCUGGUUUUCUACCACCCGACCCACCGUGUCUGUUCUGGUCUCCAUGCAAACCUUUGUUCCCGAGGGCCACACUGCUGCGAAGUGACACAGGAAUGACUGCUGAGCAGUUUGCUUUGGGUGUGCUUCCUGUCUUCCAGAGACGGCUGAAGAAAUGAUCGUCUUGGUGCUAAGAGGUGACUGCCCUGUUUUUGUCCAGAGGCAAAUCGGAACUUUACCAAACUGUGUAAGAGGGGCCCACCGCCCGCGGUGGCCAAGUGAGAGACACCACACACAGGCAUGCUCGGACUGUCACGUAGGCCUGGGUGGAAGGGGUUCUUUACCUGGGUAAAUGUUUCUAACAGAGAUGGAACUUGCCUCUGGACAGCGGCUGUGCCGAGGCAGGAGGAGGGGACGGCCCUCUCGGCUGUCUCCAGGCAUCACAAGGUCCCCUGUGGGGAUGCUGCUAUUUCUAAGAUGCAAAUUGCACAUUUCCUAGAUUUUGUAUCUGUGGAUUUGGAUAAGGGAGGGGAACAGGGACAAACUGCUUGUACAAUUUGAAUUGGGCCGAAAUGGUACUUCAGAUCUUUUUGAUUGUUCCUAAAUAAAAACGUAAAUACA